GUAACACUAGCGAGCAGUAGAGAAUAUAAAGUGAUUUUUGGCCCAGGACGUAUUUUGCUUUAUUCAUUAUUGAAAUAUUUUUUGCCACCUUAUGUUGUAUGUUUUGUAUAUGAUAUUUCCAGUUCAUUUCAUCAUCUAUUAAUACUCCCAAAAAUCUGGUUUCUUUUACCCUUUCGAUAUCUAUUCCAGAUGUACGGAUACAGUUUAUUUAUUAAUGGAACUUACCUUGUACAAUGAUGACAAUUUAAUGUUUUUUUUAAGACAUACAGAACGUCAAUUGCCAUUCAAAACUGGUUGAACACACAUCUUCUUAAGCCAUAACAAUGUAAUGUAAAUAUUUUUUUCCACAUACUUUGGUGGGUAAUAAAUAUUUUUUCACAUAUUUUGGGUAUUUUUUUUAAAAAGACAUCGUUGGUCAGUGGUGAGUAAGACAAUUGUCAUACAUUUCAAUGGCCGCUAGAUGUCGCAUGAGACCGUGGCUAGAAUAAUUCUGCAUAACCACUCCUCAUCCCGCAGAGCCUACAAUGUCAUUGGCUGCCGUUUAGACAGUCUCUCACUAUGUAUUUUUGCAAGAAGAGCCGCUGUGCCUGCUAGAGGUUUGUGCCAGUGUCGGAUAUGUAAACGCUGGAUAUACAGAACGAGCUGGAUUGCUGUUUAUUAUUAUUUUUUUUGCACAAUAUGGAGAACUAUCACGUUUGGAUUCGCAUCGUUGCUGUGCUUUUUCUUUGUGACGGAUCCUCUUCCCAAUUCUCGUAUUCCAUGUCCGAGGAGUUAAACAAAGGAACGGUGGUGGGGAACAUCGCCAAGGACUUAAAUCUCAAUUUGCAAGAGCUGCACACCAGAGACCUGCGCAUUGUUUCCAGUGACAGUAAGAAAUAUAUUGACGUGGAUCUCAGGACGGGGAACCUUUUAGUGAAAGAGAGAAUAGAUAGGGAGGAGCUUUGUUCUAACGCCGCGCGAUGCUUUGUGAGGAUGCAGGCGGUGAUGAGAAACCCCAUGACUGUGCACGGCAUCGAUGUUCAUGUUUUAGACGUCAACGACAACGCACCGACAUUUGAGGACGAUGUACACACGUUAAAGAUAUCUGAAAGUGUCGCACCAGGGGAGAGAUAUUUCCUCCCACUGGCAGAAGAUUUAGAUACAGGAAGCAAUUCAGUCAAAACGUACAAGCUGAGUCCGAAUGAACAUUUUACGCUUGACGUGCAGAACGGUGGAGAACACGGCGUGUCUGCAGAGUUAGUGUUGCACAAAGCUUUAGACCGAGAAAAACAGCCUGUUCUGGAACUGACUCUCACUGCUUUGGACGGUGGGAAACCUGUUAGAACAGGCACGAUACACGUCCGAGUCGUGGUAAUGGAUGCGAAUGAUAACACACCUGUUUUCAGCAAGUCUCUUUAUAAAGUGCGUGUGAGUGAAAACGCGGCGCUGGGCUCAGUUGUGAUCAAAUUAAAUGCCACGGAUAUAGACGAAGGCGUGAACAGUAAGAUCUUAUAUUCUUUAAUCAAACGUAGUAGUAGUGACCAAGCAAAUAUGUUUCAUCUAAAUGCAGAAACGGGAGAAAUCACAGUGAAAGGUGCACUGGAUUAUGAAGAAACGCCUGCUUAUGAGGUGAGGGUUCAAGCAACGGACCAGGGUACAGUUCCUCGUAGUGCGCAUGCCAAACUGCUCAUAGAGAUAAUUGACGUGAACGACAACGCCCCAGAAAUAACGGUGACGUCACUGAUGACGCCGGUAAAAGAAAACGCAGAAUUAGGCACGAUUGUUGCUUUAAUUAGAGUGAGUGAUAAAGAUGGAAGGGAAAACGGUGUGACCAGCUGUAAAGUAGUUGGAUCUGUUCCCUUUAAGCUGAAAUCCAACUACAAAAAUGAUUAUUCUUUAGUAGUUGAUGGAGCACUAGACAGAGAAAACACCUCUCUUUAUAAUGUCUCCAUUAUAGCCUCAGAUGAAGGAAGUCCUCCUCUAUCCACUAGCAGCAUCAUUACUGUUCAUGUUUCUGAUGUCAACGACAAUGCACCUCGUUUUAUGGAGCCCGUUAUUAAUGUUUAUGUCAAAGAAAAUAGUCCAACGGGAAAUUCUCUUUGCUCCAUUAACGCGCUUGAUCCUGAUUUGGAUGCCAAUGCAAAAGUGUCCUACACAUUGUUAGAUGUAAAUCCUGGAAAUAUUCCAAUUAAAUCACUUUUAAACAUCAACUCGGAGAGUGGAGAUAUAGUCAGUUUGCAGUCGUUUGACUUUGAGAAGUUAAAGACGUUCCAGUUUAAAGUCCAGGCCACGGACUCUGGUGUUCCUCCACUCAGCACCGACGUGACUGUCAAUGUUUUUAUCCUGGAUGAGAAUGACAACAGUCCCACCAUUCUGGCGCCAUAUUCUGAGCACAGCUCCGUUAACAGUGAGAGCAUCCCCUAUUCUGCUGAAGCGGGAUACUUUGUGGCAAAGAUCAGGGCUGUAGACGCAGACUCUGGAUACAAUGCACUGCUCUCCUAUCACCUGUCUGAGUCCAAAGGCAACAACAACAACUUAUUCCGGAUCGGAACCAGCACCGGGGAGAUCCGCACCAAGAGGAGAAUGAGUGACAAUGACCUGAAAAGUCACCCCUUGGUGGUGUCGGUGUGUGAUCAUGGAGAAGCCUCCCUGUCAGCUACUGUGUCUAUUGAUGUGGUGGUGCUUGAAAGCACAGCUGACAUCCACACUCAGUUCAGACAUGUGCCCAUAAAGGAGGAAAACUUCUCCGACUUACACCUGUACCUGCUCAUCGCCAUUGUGGCCGUGUCACUCAUCUUUCUGCUCAGCCUCAUCACUUUAAUAGCCGUCAGAUGCCACAGACAGACAGACGGCACUUUCGGCAGGUACGGCGCCCCGAUGAUCACCACCCAUCCUGACGGGAGCUGGUCUUACUCCAAAGCUACUCAGCAGUAUGACGUGUGUUUCAGCUCAGACACACUCAAGAGUGACGUAGUGGUUUUCCCCGGACCUUAUCCACCUGUAGAUGCUGAACUGAUCAGUAUUAAUGGAGGAGACACCUUUAGCAGGACUCAGACUUUACCUAACACUGAUAAGGUAGGCUGGAAAUCUGUUUUUGUUUCUUCUUAAUCCUCUCCUGCACAUAUCUAAGGGCUAAGUAUUUCAAUAUUAGUAAGUUGCUAUCUUUUUUAUGACUUAUAUACACACCCAAUAGAUGGAGAAACCAGUGUUUUUGCCCUUCAUGCUGGAUUGUUGUAGUGUCAGCUGUACUGAUACUGUUUAGUUGGGACUCAGGUGGUAUCAAGUAUGAUGAUUGGCUAUUACCUAUUCAGUAUUACGAUUAAGUAUUUUUUAAGUUUAUUAUUAGAUUUUUUUAAAUGUAUAUUUCAUAUUAUAAGUGUUUUUUUCUGCUGACA